AUGGCCUUCACUAAUAAUAAGGAAAAUUUGGUAUCGUCUGCUAAACUAUCAUUAAAAAGCCAAGCUAUCAUACCCUUAGACACAUUACUAUCUAAGAAUAGCGCUGGAGACCGAUUUCUGGUCGUCGCUAACAUAUCUUGCUAUCAGCUUAUCAGACUUUACCAAUUUUUACCAAUUUCUCUUCAUAUUUCUCAAAUUCUAUAUUUAACCAAGCAGAUUAGACCUUCCUUUUCCAUAUUAUCCUGCGAAUUUUCGAAUGACCGCGAUGAAAACAAAUUACUGAAUAAACCAUGCGACACAUUUCUUAUUAAUCAAUACUGCCAGCGGAAAGUUACAGCUGAUAAAUAUAAAAAUGAUCAGAUUACUUUGCUAUAUGAAAUCAACAAUGGUAACCUUUCCAAAUUAUAUAUCCAAAGUUGUCAAAGUAAAGAUGCCAUCAAAAAAAGUAGAUGGCUCGAUAUUAAACGAAACGCAAGCUACUGCAAGGCUGACCUAACCUUCAUCAACAAAAAUGCCGAAUAUGCCUUUAACAUUUACGUUGUAAUGUUGUUAUUUUGGUGUAUUUUAACUGUUUUUUGGAUAUUAAAUUGGAUUAUGUACUGGAAGUAUUCAAACAAUCUCCACAAAAUUAUCACAGUUUAUCCUAUCAUCAAGGUCACGGCACUGCUUUUUACUACUAUACGACUUCAAAUUCUAUCAACAUCAGAUACAACAGUAACGGUUUUUGAUAGCAUAGAAAAUCCAUUCUUAUUUGCUAUCGUCAUGUUAAUUUCUGAGGGCUAUUGUAUUAUUAAAGACUCUGUUAGCAGACACAAGAUUUUCGAAUUAGCAGUGUAUUCUAUACUCUUCUCGAUAUCGACUAUGUGCAUGCUCUUGAUCCACAAAUAUUUCUUGAGCGUGAUGGUAUUUUGUGCUGUCGUUAUGAUGUAUAAAGCUUUAAAAUGGUGUACGUAUAAUAUAAUGUUACUUCGACAAUUCUCUGAAAGAUUAAAGUGUAUGGUUUCGGAAGUAAAAUUAGUACAUAUGACACACGUAACCCCACAAGAUCAAAUUGCUGCAAAAUUAAAUAUUUUGUUGCGUCUUAGACAUAUAUGCGCAAUAUUCUCUGUUAUGUUUGCUGCAGCUAUUACAUUAACAUCUCUACUGUAUCAACUCCUGUGGAUUCAAGCUCUAUUCUUUGAAAUUCCCAAGACUUUUUUGUACACAUGUAUAGCAUACCUUUGUAGAUUGCGAAAUUUUGCCCCCUAUAAUGAGAUUACGUUAGCCAUUCCUUCUAUGGAUUAUAAUAUUAUUUAUACACCUCGAUCAUCUGGCGAGGAUAAACUUGGCAUUUACUUAGCAAUACCAUUAGAAAAUGGAGAAAAUCUUGUUGAUAAUGAUGAAUUAAAUAGAAAUACAAAUAACAUUUCUGAAUAA